AUGGAGCUCGAAGAUACAGAUGGCCCUCUUGUAAACUUGCCCGCGGUGCCCAACGCGCUUUGCUUGGUGAUGCGGGACUCGAAGACGCUGCGCUUCCUCAAGUACCUUAGCAGGGACGCGCCAUCCUCGCGUGCUGAUAUUUCGGCCUCCUAUCGUGUGGAUGCUCCGGAAAGCUCGGAAGAGGACGACGAAGGCGUGGGCGAAGAUGCAGCAGCAUGA